AUGUUUCUCGAGCCAUCGGAGGAGGUGUCGGCGGCCUUCCGCUCGCUCGGGAUCGGAGAGGACGAGUCGUAUGAUGGCAUCAUGGCUGCGUACGAGACGCUGAAAGCGAAGAACGCGGGCAACACGAAGGCGGUCAUCAAGCUCGAGGUUGCGAAGGACCGUGUGAUGGACCACCGGCUGCGGCAGCGCAUGAGCGGCUCGCUGAAGCCGGACCGCAAGUUUGGCGAGGACCUCAGGCCGAAGGAUGCGAAGAAGCCGCUCAUCACGCUGCCGCCGUUUCUGGAGGAGAUUGCGGAGCUGCCGAAGCGGACGUACCUCGUGACCAACAUCGCCGUCUUCGGCAUCUUUGGCCUCCUGCCCGUCUUUGAGGCGUCGUUUGUCUCGAGCUCGAUCGGGCUAAACUUUGGCAUCGCAAU